CUAAGAAUCAUAUAAUGUAAAUAAAACACUAAUUAAAUCCAGUUAUCAUAAUUAAAAAUGUAAAUGUAUGUAGAUAUUCGCAUAAGACCAUAUAUAAAGGUCUCAGUCAAGUUUCUCUCAAGUCGUACGCAAUCUCUCUCCCCCUCACUCGUUCAAUUUCCACGAAUCUCUGCGAAAAAUCUGAAGCUUCCAGAAUCGGUCGUCUUCGCCAAUCGGAUCACCACUCUAUCUCCGAUCUCGAAGCAUAAUCUCAUAAAUCAAUGCGCUUCGUAUCGCGAUUUCGUUAAGACUCCUCCCGAAUCGGCGAUGCCUUUGACUAGAUCGAAGAGUCUCCCAUCGACGGAUGCGAUGGCGGAGAACGGUGGAUCCGAUCGGCAGAAUCUAUCGUCGGGGAGAUCGGUCGCCGGGAUCCUCCACAAGUGGACUAACUACGGGAAAGGGUGGAGAUCCAGGUGGUUCCUCCUCCGCGACGGAAUCCUGUCUUACUCCAAGAUCCGCCGGCCGGAGAAUGUGAAAAUGCUGUCCCCUUCCGACGAUGUGAGGCUGAUCGGAGAUAAUUCGACUGAUCGGCUAUCGAGGAUGUAUAGCUGUAGUGGCCGUGGCCGCAGGAAACACCACAAAACCAUCGGCAUUGUUCAUCUCAAGCAGGUUUCAUCUUACCGGGAAAGCAAAUCUGAUAACAAAAAGUUUUAUAUAUUUACGGCAAACAAGACUCUUCAUUUGAGGACUGAUUCAAGGAGUGAUAGAGCAGCAUGGUUACAAGCUUUAGCAUCUACCAGACGUAUCUUACCUCUUCAGUCUAUUAGUGGGGAUUUUUCCUUCGUAUCACCAAAGGAUUUAUCCAUAUCUACUGAGAGGCUAAAGAAACGGUUGCGUGAAAACGGAAUAAACGAGAGUCUCGUAAAAGAGUGUGAAGAGAUCGUGGAUUCAGAGUUCUCCGAAGUUCAAGAACAAAUUAAACUUCUACACGAAGAACGUACAAAGUUACUUGAUGCACUCAAGCAACUAGAGAUGGCUAACCUUGAAGCUGAAGCCUCAGGGAUCCAUGAAAGUGUCUACCAGUUACCAAAUCAUAACUAUUCCAGCUUAAGAAGUGGAAAAUAUAGUGAAUGCAGUACAAGUGCUUCAUCUGAUGUGUUUGAGGAUAUCUCCGAGGAAGAUGAGCCUUCCUUCCAUGACACUAUUGAGUGUUUUAGCGAACCUGAUGCUGGUUCCGAGAACAUGCAUUUCAAGAGACGAACAAGGCUUCCUGAUCCAGCAGAGAAAGAGAAAGGUGUUAGUCUCUGGUCUAUGAUUAAGGACAACGUUGGAAAGGAUCUAUCGCGAGUUUGUCUUCCUGUUUAUUUCAAUGAACCAAUAUCAUCUCUCCAAAAGUGUUUCGAAGACUUGGAGUACUCUUACCUCUUGGACCAAGCAUAUGAAUACGGAAAAUCCGGGAACAGUCUCCUUAGAGCCUUGUAUGUUGCUGCGUUUGCGGUCUCUGGUUAUGCUUCCACUGAAGGCCGGCACUGUAAACCUUUCAACCCCUUGCUGGGAGAAACUUAUGAAGCCGACUUUCCAGAAAAAGGAAUUCGUUUCUUCUCUGAAAAGGUCAGCCACCAUCCAACAGUUAUCGCCUGCCAUUGCGAAGGUAAAGGAUGGAAGUUCUGGGGAGACACAAACCUGAGGUCGAAGUUUUGGGGGAGAUCGAUUCAACUUGAACCCGUUGGAGUCUUGACACUUGAGUUUGAUGAUGGAGAGACUUUCCAGUGGAGCAAAGUAACAACAACUAUAUACAAUAUCCUACUUGGUAAACUGUACUGUGACCACCAUGGGACAAUGCAAAUCCGUGGGAACCGCCAAUAUUCUUCUACGCUCAAGUUCAAGGAGCAAUCGAUUCUCGAUAGAAACCCCCACCAGGUUAAUGGUUUUGUAGAAGAUGUAACUGGGAAAAAAGCUGCAACGGUAUUUGGUAAAUGGAAUGAUAGCCUUCACUAUGUUUCUGGUGAUGCCUUUAACAAAGCAAGUGCCUCGUUGCUGUGGAAAUCGACAAAGCCACCACCUAAUGUGACUAGAUACAACUUAACAUCAUUCGCAAUUACUCUAAAUGAAUUGACACCUGGUUUGGAGGAGAAGCUACCACCGACAGAUUCUAGGCUCCGACCAGAUCAACGGCACCUGGAGAAGGGUGAAUAUGAGAAGGCAAAUGAGGAGAAACAGAGAUUAGAGAGAAGACAAAGAAUGUCACGGAAGAUUCAGGAAAGCGGGUGGAGGCCGAGAUGGUUCGAGCCACAAGGAGAGAGUGAAAGCUACAAAUAUACAGGCGGUUAUUGGGAAGCACGAAAUGAGAGGAGAUGGGAUGAUUGCCCUAACAUAUUUGGAGAGUUCACCGAGGAGAUUGCAGAUUGUGCUUAAGCUGAGGGCUAAGGAGGCGUUCUUCCGUGCACCAGAGAUGGUCUCUCUUUCUGUUUUUCUACACUCAGGAGAUGGAAAGAGGCAAAUGAAAAAUGAUUUUUUUUUUUGGUAAUGAUGUUUGUUAUAUCUUGGAGAGGGUCCUAAAAGAAAGAGUUUAUUUUUAAGAAAAAAGAGUUUAUAGAAGAAACUCACUGUAAAGGUCAGUGGGAAAAAGGAGGGUUGGUUCCAACAUUUGGGCAAAUAUUCGUCUUGAUCUAUUUGUAUUUAGUUCAAUACAAAGGGAUCGAUUGAAAUAACCCAUGGUCACUCAAAAUUAAGGAAUUUGCUUUGCAUU